AUGAUAGCAAACACUGCAAAGGCAAUAUUUAUCAACUUAAAGUAGCAAAAUAAGCAAGCUCAUAAACUUAUACAUGAAGUUUAGUUCUUUUUUAGCAAAGAAGAAAGGAUUAUGAAAUGGAAAACCUUUUAAAAUCCUAGAAUGAAAAAAAUAUAAGAAAAGCUAUCAUAGAAAUUUAAUGAAGAUGAAGAUAAAUACAUUGAAAGAAAAGAGCGCAGAGAAAAAGAACUUAAGUUUUUAAAAGAGUAUGAAGCAUAUUAAAAAUUAAAGGAAGAAUCAUUGAGCGAAGUUCCUCCUAAUUUAGUCAUAAAAAACCUUUACUAUCCCCAAACUAAUUCAACAGUUCUCCUACUUGGUGUCGAAAAAAGAAAUUAAAUGCAUGCUUCAUUUGUCCAUGACUGUAUGGUAAAUUUAAAGCCUAGCUUGAUAACAACUUAGAUAUCUCCUGAUAUGCCUUAUUUUAUUAGGACUAAAAUUUAAUUUGAUUAAGCAUGGAGUCGUUUUGUAAAAGGAAAAUUUGAUUAUAAAUUUUAUGUAAAUCCUGAUCCUGUCAGCUUAUAUGACAUUAUGCUUACAAGUGAUAGCAUCAAUUAAAUGAUGAGUGGAGGUAUUAUCAAUUGCUAAGAUGUUUUUGAAAUUGGAAGUUUAUUUAUAUACACAAAAAAUCAUAUUUCUGAAGAUUUUGAAGUUGAUACUUACCUUACUCCAUUGCUUUAUUUAUAUAAUAAUCCACACAUAAAGUGUAAUUUAGUAGUUAAUGACUAUCCUUAUCUUAAGUACAGAGAAAAUGUUAAUAAAAAUAUUAGUUUGACUGAUUUAAAAGAUUUACUUGAUUAAUAUAAGCAGGUCAUUGAAGAAUAAGGUGUAAAAACUAUGUUCGAUCCUUUGCUCCUUAAACCUGAGCUAUUCAUAAACCCAAAAGUUGCUUAUACAACUGAGACAAUUAGAAAUUCUUGCUAUACUUCGAAAAAAGUAUUAGCAGUAGUUGAUAGAUAUAUGACUGAUGAAAUAGAAGAAUACUGGAAAAAACUAUCAAAAGAUCCUUAAAGCAUCAAUAGAUUCUUGUAGGAUGAUUACUUUAAGUAAAGUAUAUCUGAAUAAAAAGAUCAAGAAAUCCAAUAAUCUAAAAACAAAAUUGGAGCUGUAGUAACUGAAAAAGGUAUUAAAACUGAUGAUUAUUCAGUUAAAGAUACCUUCUUAGAAUAUGUUGAGAAGCAUGUUAUCCUAGAUUUAAUGCUUGGAACACAUGUAAGAGAGUUUUUUAUUAAAAACAAGAUAUUCCCAUUCACAGGAAAAAAUUAUACUGGUUAAAAAACUAUGAUUCAAUAAAUCUUUGUAAUGCUUGACCAUUUCUAUCAUCAACACACAAAAUCUACUAAAGACUCAGAAGCUCAAUCCUUUGAUGAGCGUCUUAUCCACGGAACUCCAAAUGAAACAAAAAUUGAAUGA